GAUUUUUCACUACCUAGUUUUCAAGCUCACUCCAAUCCUCCGACUGUGACGAUGCCACGAAUAAAGGCAAUCACAACUGGAACAAUCCCUGGUUUCAUUGACGUCAUAUUAAACGUAGAUUCCAAGGAAUUACACGAGGACAACCUUGUUGAGCAGAUGAAGAAAUCUAAUAAAAGGAUAAUAUUUUUUGGUGACGAUACUUGGAUUAAGUUAUUUCCGAAUUAUUUUCAAAGACAAGAUGGAACGACUUCAUUCUUUGUAUCUGAUUAUACAGAGGUAGACAACAACGUAACUCGUCACAUAGUUCCUGAAAUGGACAAACAAGAUUGGGAUGUGAUGAUACUGCACUAUCUUGGUUUAGAUCAUAUUGGUCAUCUAGCAGGACCAUGCAGUCCAUUGGUACGACCAAAACUCGUUGAAAUGGAUCAAAUUAUUGAGAAGAUUUAUAAAGCAACAGUGCGACAAGAUCUUGGCCACAAUAUCACGACAUUGUUGGUGCUGUGUGGUGAUCAUGGUAUGAGUGAUGGUGGUAGUCAUGGUGGAUCAUCUUUUGCAGAAACUACCACGCCUUUGGUAUUUAUGAGCUCAUCAUUCGAGCAGGGACAAGGAGAGCUGUACAACAUGAAGAGAGUAAAUCAGAUCGACAUUGCACCUACUUUGGCUGUUUUAUUUGGUUUAUCUAUUCCAAAGAACAGCAUAGGAAUUGUCAUCCCUGAUCUUCUGGCACGUUACUCGGUGAAGGAACGGUUGGACGCAAUCCGAAUGAAUGCAUUACAAAUCUCCGACGUUUAUCAAUCCAACACAGAUAACGAGUCAGUCGUUGAUCUGGAUUUAGCUGAAAGACUGCACAAUGAAUGGCUAAACGAAUAUGAAAGUCACAUUGGAAUUGAUGUAGAUGCUCGUGCUGAAACAAUAUCAAAACUUUAUUAUUCAGGAAUGCAAACAAUGACUGAGAAACUUACAAAAUUUAUGUCCUCCUACGACUUUUAUGCUUUGCAUAUUGGGAUAUGGUUUCUGCUGCAGUCACUCCUGGGCUCUGUUGGUUUAUUUGUCGGCAUUUUUUCACAAGAUUUUUCAUCGUUUUUUCGGGCACAUGUUUGUUCUUUGCUGGCUACAUUUUUUGUCAUUGCUUGUUUCAUCACCCUAGUUCACGUUCUCCUUUGUUCAACGCCACAAUUAGGAACAAGCGAAGUGUUCUGUGCUCCAUCUUUCUCCUCUUUGUUACUGUCAUUUAUUUUCAUCCUUUCAACUGCGAUCAGUACAUUAUUGGGUAUUGUAUUUGUUUUUCAUAACGUGAUUAAUUGUGGUUUUCCGUCUUGGAUUCGCACAUCCACCAAUGGAAAUUCUAAAACCCUGACUUUCCUCAUCUUCGGAAUGCUGUUACACAACAUAAGUUUGCUUUCGACAAGUUUCAUUGAAGAGGAACAUCAGUCAUGGUACUUCUUGACAACAUCCUACCAUCUUAUCGUAUUCUAUGAAAUAUACAUCAAGGAACGGCGAAUAUUUCCUUCCAUUUUCAGCCGAGAAGAAUCUUCAGAAGAUGUUUCUCUUCAUAAUAAAAGGCCAUCAACAAGCGAUCUCACAACCGACACGAUCAAGGACUUGAAAUUGACAAAAUACGAGGAUCAAAAUAUUCCAAGGACUUCAUCAUAUAUCUUUAUUUUGCUGUUGUGCGAUAGAAUUGUACGAAGCUGGAAUCAAACUGGAAUAAAAUGGGCGGACCAACCUGAUGUCGGAGAUUGGUUGGUUAGUCCCGAAAAUAAGACUCCAUUGACUUUACUUACAGUGAUAUUUUUGGUUGGGAUAACGUUGAACAUUUUUUAUAGAAAAGGACAAAAUAAAUGUGAUUUCUUUACAUUUGCCAUCUUCACAUCAGGCGUAAUGAGCGUGUACCUGUAUAGAGCUGCCACGGAUUGUGUUGACUUUAGUCAAUGGAUUAUCAAGACAUCUCAAACUGGAAUUGAAUUUGCUCAAAUAACCCAGCUUUGCGUGGUUCUGCUGGUACUAAUGUCAUUGUUUCAAUUUAUGUACUCUUGGAAAGGAAAGAGAUUUUCUACCCAAAAAUCCCCUGUUGAGGUCUUCGUUACUGGUUAUUUGCUGUUAAUAAUGCUUCUUCUACGAACUCAUAACAUUCCACUGGUGGCAAUAAUGCUUUUGCAAGUUCAUGUUCAUCGUGAAGUUGUAUGGAAAAGAUGUGAGAGUGAUACGGAGAUUAUAUUAAGUGCUUACUAUAUUGGUUGGUUCACCUACUUUUCACAAGGGAAUUCUAAUAGUUUUGCUACGGUCGAUAUUGGAGCGGGGUAUAUUGGCUUAGGGAAAAACUACUGGCCUGCAGUUGUUGGCUUACAAACAUCUUUAGCAACAUUUUCUGGACCUUUGUUUUGGAUCAUCCAAGCAGUCAUAUUUAUCCAGAGUAGACAGAAUACCAGCAACAGGUCGAGUUCACGAGGUGGUGUUGGUCAACUCUGUACAAUUCUUCUGAUGAUCAAAUCAUUCAAUCUGACUGUUUGCACGAUAUUAUCAUGGCUGAACUGUUAUCAUCUGUUUGUCUGGAGUGUUUUCUCACCAAAACUCUUGUAUGAAGGAGUUGUAAGCCUUCUCUUCUGUAUUGUUAUAUUAACUGUCUCUGUAUUUAUCAAAAUUGAAAACUAAACACAUGAAGAAAUCUGUUUCCUGCUGAAUUACCUGUUAUUUCAAGCUCAUUUAUAUUGAAUUUGAGUUAAACUGUUAAAAAUUUAGGUGAUUUCACAAAAUCCAUUG